AUGGCAAAAGAUAAAAAACUUAAAUUAAAUGGUAAACCUAUGCAUCCAAACAGUCGAAAGGCUAAACAGGUCUCUAAAAUAGAAUGUCAUGCAGGUCGUGUUGUUAAAAAACGUCAAAAUACAAAAGCUAAAUUUAAUAAUUUACGUGAAAGAAUUCAAUGGUUUAAAGAUCAAUUAGAUGAAAAUCAAACUCAAUUGUCGAAACAAGAAGUAAAUCAACUUAUUCAACGAUAUCUACAGAGAUUUCAAGAUGAACUCGACCAAAUUGAAAUGAAAAAUCAAAUAGGUCAUCGACAAAAAACACCACAAUAUGCAUCACGUAAAUCAUUAAUUGAAUCAACAGUAAAUGGUGAACAGCAUGAAUAUGAAACUAAUGGCAUUGAAAUACCAAACCUUACACAGACUGAUGCUGUUAAAGAACUCCGAAUUUGGGAUGGUAGUAUUCGAUUUAUGCCACGUCUUAAAUUAUGUUUAUUUAAACAUAAUAAUUCAAUAUCAAAUAAAACCGAUAACGAUGAUCAAAUCGUUGCAGUUGAUCAUGAAAGUGAAUCAAUGGAUAGUGAUGUUGAAUAA